AUGGCCUACGCCGCACGCCUCGUAACCAAGAUCCACCCCGCCGCGACGCCGCGGGCCGAGCCGCGCCGCCUCUCCAGCCGCCGCGUAGGAGCACUCAGUGGAACCACAACCGUUAAACAGCAAAAGUUUGUUGCUAAAUCUGCUAUCUCGGCAGUGGAAGGUGGUGAUGCAUUUGUUGAAGUAAAGCAAAAUAUUAGACCAAUCAUAGUCAUAGACAACUAUGAUAGCUUCACAUAUAAUUUAUGCCAGUACAUGGGAGAGGUUGGAGCUAAUUUUGAGGUUUAUCGCAAUGAUGAGAUCACUGUGGAAGAAAUUAAGAAGAUUUCUCCUAGAGGAAUACUUAUCUCCCCAGGCCCUGGCACUCCUCAAGAUUCUGGAAUAUCCUUACAAACAGUUACAGAGCUUGGGCCCUCUAUACCGUUGUUUGGGGUUUGCAUGGGUUUACAAUGCAUUGGGGAGGCAUUUGGUGGGAAGGUUGUCCGAUCUCCUUAUGGAGUGGUGCAUGGAAAGGGAUCCCUUGUUCAUUAUGAUGAGAAGCUUGAUGGAACUCUGUUUUCCGAUCUUCCAAAGUAA